UACGAUAUUUCUGUCUCCGCCAUGUAUUCCGAGGGCAUGGGCUUUGAUUUGUCGACCGCGCAGUAUGCCCCAAAUGGUCGUGUUUUCCAAAUCGACUAUGCCACCAGGGCCGCAGAGAAGAGUGGCACUGUCAUGGGCAUUCGCGGCAAGGACUCUGUUGUUCUGGCCGUUCAGAACUUAUACAUAAACCCUUUGUUCGAUCCCGAGGCCAAUAAACGCAUCUUCGCCAUCGAUGGCACCAUCGGCAUGGCCGUCGGUGGCCUGAUGAGCGACUGCAACGUGGUGGUGGAACUGACCCGCCUGGAGGCCGCGAGCUUCCGUUCGAGGCAUGAGCGUGCCAUUUCCCUGGAGGCACUCUGCGAGCGCGUGGACAGCUUUCUCCAUGCCCAAACCAUGUACAGCGGCGCUCGUCCCUUUGCAGUUACCAUUAUGCUGGCCGGCUGGGACGAGGAAAAGGGACCGAGGCUCUACCAAAUCGAGACAUCAGGCACCACCACGGAGCGCUAUUCCAGCUCUUUUGGAGAGGCAGGAGAGAGGGCCCAGCGCGAAAUGGAUAAGUUUAGCUUUAAUAAUUUCCCUUCGGAUCAGCUGAUGCAAAUGGCCACUGAAAUAACACACAACUUUGAUGAGGAACCUAACGGCAAAAGCUUUCGUUGGGAUGUGGGUACAGUUGGGGCUCAGACCAAAGGGCUUUUCAAAUACAAUUCCCAGGCAUGAACUAAGAAGAACGAAUGAGAAUUAUUAGUCUCUAGACUACGCUAAUCUGCUGCACUAACUUAACACCAGAAAGAAGCAUAAAAAACAAAUUAACAGAAGAGCGCUGCUGCAUUACACGAAAAACGUUUGAAAUAUAUGGGGAUGUAACCAUCUUAGACCUAAAACUGUGUGUGCUC